CGCGCUGGGCUGGACGCAAGGAGAAGGCUUCUGAGGGCUGUGCGGGCGCAGGAAGCGGAGCGAGGCUGCCGACUGCGAGCCGGAGGCUGCGGGGCUGCAGUGCGAUGAAGCAGUGGCUCAGCGAGCGGAGGCUGGCGGUGUGGCGCGACGGGCCGGCCUGGGGCCGGGGCUGCUGCUCCGGAGGCUGCUGAGGCGCCGCGGCUGCCGGCGCGGAGAGCGGCGGGCGAGAGAGAGGAGAGGCAGCGGAGCGCGGGGAAGCCGGCGGGGCGGCGGGCGUCUCUGGUUGGCCUCCCCGGUCGGGAUCCCCCCGGUGGAACCAUGCGGGUGGCCAAGUGGCUGACGGGGCUGCUCUACCAGCUCUCGCUCUUCAUCACCAAGUCUUGGGAAGUUCACUUCCACCCCAGGCAGGAAGCCUUGGUGAGGACACUGGCCUCCUACGAAGUGGUGACCCCCGCGCGGGUCAAUGAGUUCGGCGAAGUGUUCCCAAAGAGCCACCACUUCAGCCGGAGGAAGCGCAGCGCCGAGGCGCUGGAGCCCACGCCGUUCAGGACCCACUACCGAAUCCGCGCCUACGGGCAGGUCUUCCAGCUGAACCUGAGCGCCGACGCGGCCUUCCUGGCUGCCGGCUACACCGAGGUGCACUUGGGAGCCCCUGCGCUCCAGGCAGAGGAGCGCCGCACGGCGCCCCCAGAUCUGCGCCACUGCUUCUACCGCGGCCAGGUCAAUGCUCGGGAGGAUCACACAGCCGUCUUCAGCCUUUGUGGAGGCUUGAUGGGAACAUUUAAAGCACAUGAUGGUGAAUAUUUCUUAGAACCUAUAAUGAAGGCAGAUGGGAGUGAACAUGAAGAUGAUCAUAACAAGCCACAUCUUAUAUACAGACAGGAAUUAAAGAGGAACUAUUUUCUGCAGUCUCACAAGCCUUGUGAAGUUUCAGAAAGUCAAAUAAAGAAAACCACUUUACCCUUUCAUAACUACAGCGACAUGAAUGAAGAUCUUAAUAUAAAGGGGGAAAUAGUUUUAGGAGACUCUUCAAAAAAUAUAUCAUUGGAAGAUGAAAGAAGUCAAUUACAUUCCAGGAAAAAACGUUUUUUAUCGUAUCCAAGAUACGUGGAAGUUAUGGUUACAGCUGAUGCUAAAAUGGUUCAUCACCAUGGACAGAAUUUGCAGCACUACGUACUAACUCUAAUGUCAAUUGUUGCAGCGAUCUACAAGGACUCAAGUAUUGGAAAUCUUAUAAACAUAGUAAUUGUAAAAUUAGUUGUAAUUCAUGAUGAACAGGAAGGACCAGUCAUCAGUUUUAAUGCAGCUACCACGUUACACAACUUCUGUUUAUGGCAGCAAACUCAGAAUGUUCUUGAUGAUGCCCACCCAUCCCAUCAUGAUACUGCUGUUCUUAUCACUAGGGAAGACAUUUGUGGAGCUAGAGAGAAAUGUGACACAUUAGGUCAGACAGGCUGCACAGAUCAACAGACUAAGCAAAGAACUAGAGCUUGGGAAUUCUUUUAUUUCAUUUACUGUAUUGGAUUACAUGACAAGCACUUCUGGCCUCUAUCCCUUGUUAUCCUAUACAUGACCAGAUUUAAUGUUCCACACGAUGAUAGUUUUAAAUGUAAGGAAACUGGAAUUAAACAUCAGUAUCAUGUAAUGGCUCCAACUUUAAAUUACCACACAAGUCCUUGGACCUGGUCAAAAUGUAGUCAGAAAUAUAUCACUGAAUUCCUAGAUACUGGUCAUGGGGAAUGCCUCCUUGACAAACCAAAUGGAAAAAUAUACGAUCUGUCUUCACAACUUCCUGGAUCAGUGUAUGACGUAAACAAGCAAUGUGAACUUAUGUUUGGUUCUGGAUCACAAGUGUGUCCCUAUUUGAAACAAUGCAGGCGUCUCUGGUGCACGAGUGCAGAAGGAGUUCACAAGGGCUGUCGCACUCAACACAUGCCACUGGCAGAUGGAACAAACUGUGGUCCUGGGAUGCAUUGCCACCAUGGGCUAUGUGUAAACAAAGAAAUGGACACACGUCCUGUAGAUGGCGAUUGGGGACCAUGGGGACCUUACAGUUCUUGUUCAAGAACAUGUGGAGGUGGAAUCAAAAGCACAACCAGGCUCUGUAAUCGGCCCGAGCCAAGAAACGGAGGAAAGUACUGUGUGGGCCGCAGGAUGAAAUUUCGAUCAUGUAACACUGAUUCAUGUCCAAAAGGCAAGCAGGACUUUCGUGAGAAGCAGUGCUCUGAUUUUGAUGGUAAACAUUUCAACAUCCAUGGUCUGUCUCCUAAUGUGAGGUGGCUUCCAAAGUAUAGUGGGAUUGCCAUGAAAGAUCGUUGUAAACUAUAUUGUCGGGUGGCUGGAACCACUAACUUCUACCAGUUGAAGGACAGGGUUGCCGAUGGUACUCCUUGUGGAACUGAAACAAAUGACAUCUGUGUUCAAGGUCUGUGUCGGCAAGCUGGCUGUGAUCACGUAUUAAACUCCAAGGCCAGGAGAGACAGAUGUGGAGUGUGUGGCGGGGAUAACUCCUCAUGCAGGACAAUGGCAGGCGCCUUCAACAGUGCCCAUUAUGGUUAUAAUGUCGUUGUAAAGAUUCCCCCAGGAGCAACAAACAUUGAUAUUCUUCAGCAUAGCUAUUCUGGAAAACCAGAAGAUGACAAUUACCUGGCAUUAUCGGACACUCAAGGGAAUUUUCUUUUGAAUGGGAAUUUUGUUGUAAGUAUGUCCAAAAAGGAAAUCAAUGUACAAGGAGCUAUUUUUGAAUACAGUGGUUCAAACAACUCGAUUGAAAGAAUUAAUAGUACUGAUCGGCUGGAAGAAGAACUUCUUUUGCAGGUUUUAUGUGUGGGUAAUCUGUACAACCCUGACGUACGUUAUUCCUUCAAUAUCCCCAUGGAAGAGAAGAGCGAUCUGUUCACUUGGGACCCAUAUGGACCAUGGCAAGACUGUACAAAAAUGUGUCAAGGUCUUCAUAGAAGAAAAAUUACCUGUGUACGUAAGAGUGAUCAUAUGGUAGCGUCUGAUCAAAGAUGUGACCACUUACCACUUCCAUUGUUGGUGACUGAAAGGUGCAAUACAGACUGUGAACUAAGGUGGCACAUCAUUGGCAAAAGUGAAUGUUCAUCCCUUUGUGGUCGAGGAUAUAAGUCAUUGGACAUCCACUGUAUGAAGUAUUCCAUUCAUAAAGGACAUACUGUUCCAGUAGAUGACCACUACUGUGGUGACCAGCUUAAACCUCCGACCCGAGAACCCUGCCAUGGUGACUGUGUCUUAACAAGGUGGCAUUAUUCAGAAUGGUCCCAGUGUUCCAGGAGUUGUGGAGGAGGGGAGAGGUCUCGAGAAUCUUACUGUAUAAAUAACUUUGGCCACCGUCUUGCUGACAGAGAAUGCCAGGAACUUCCCCGAGUGACAACUGAGAAUUGCAAUGAAUUUUCCUGUCCCAGUUGGGCCACUAGUGAGUGGAGUGAGUGUCUUGUUACAUGUGGAAAAGGAACAAGGCAGCGGCAGGUGUGGUGUCAACUGAAUGAAGAUCACUUGAGUGAUGGCUUCUGUGAUCCAAGCAACAAACCUGAGUCUCUGAGACCAUGUGAGCUUCAUGCAUGUGCUUCCUGGCAAGUAGGACCAUGGGGUUCUUGCACAGCCACGUGUGGACAGGGCUACCAGAUGCGUGCUGUGAAAUGUGUCAAUGAGCUACUUAGCGCAGUGCUAGAUGAUAGACUGUGCCAUGGAGCUAGUCGCCCAAGUGACAGGCAGGACUGUAUUGUUACACCUUGCCCAAUUAUCCCUAAAAUUGGGGCCACUUCAUUACCAGCCCUUCCCAUGGGAAAGAUAGCACAAUGGCGAUAUGGUUCUUGGACCCCAUGCUCUGUGUCUUGUGGAAGAGGGAAUCAAGCCCGCUAUGUAAGCUGUCGUGAUGCUCACGAUGGAAUAGCAGAUGAAUCAUAUUGUGCCCACUUACCCCGACCAGCUGAAAUAGCUGUCUGUUUUAGCCCUUGUGGAGAGUGGCAAGCAGGGAAUUGGUCACCUUGUUCAGCUUCCUGUGGCCAUGGAAAAACAACUCGACAAGUUUUAUGCAUCAGCUAUCAUCAGCCAAUUAAUGAGAAUUACUGUGACCCUGAAGUCCGCCCUGUGAUAGAACAAGAAUGUAACCUGGCAGCCUGCCCUCCCACAUACAGCCACUUUCCGAGUUCCUCUGAGCAGCCAAGCCAUUUUCCAGGCAGGAAUUUUCCAUUAACUCACAAACCAGAAGAUAAUCAAAAUCAGGGGGUCCAUCCAUCAAUCAGAGGAAACCAGUGGAGAACAGGACCAUGGGGAUCAUGCUCUAGCAGUUGUGCUGGAGGUAUUCAGCGUAGAGUUGUGGUUUGCCAGGAUGAAAAUGGACGAAGUGCCAGUUACUGCAAUGCAGCCUCCAAACCCCCAGAGUCAAAGCACUGUGAUUCGGGGCCUUGUCCACGGUGGAGCUACGGAAGCUGGGGAGAAUGUACACAAACAUGUGGAGGAGGAAUAAAAUCACGAUUCGUAAUAUGUCAAUUUCCCAAUGGCCAAAUGUCACGAGAGCAAAACUGUGAAAUCUUAAACAAGCCACCUAGUGUGGUACAAUGUCAUGUGCAUGCUUGCCCUGAUGAUGUUUCAUGGCAUCGGGGACCAUGGAAAUCGUGCUCAGCUCCUUGUGGUAAAGGUUUAAAGUACCGUGAGGUGAUUUGCGUUGACCAAUUCCACGGGAAAUUAGAAGAAAAAUAUUGCAGUCAUCUACAGAAACCUCGAACUCAUAAAGCUUGUAGAUCUGUCAGAUGCCCUUCAUGGAAAGCCAAAAGAUGGAAGGAGUGCUCUGUGACCUGUGGCUCUGGAGUUCAGCAAAGGGAUGUGUACUGCAGACUGCGAGGCGUUGGUCGGGUGGCGGAAGAAAAGUGUGAUCAGUCCACGCGGCCUUAUUUUCAGAGACAAUGUUGGCGUCAGGACUGCAUACAGUACCAUUGGGUGGCGGGAGAGUGGCUGGAUUGUUCAACAUCAUGUAAGAAAAGAGAGACACAUCGGCAGGUGAAGUGCGUGGGUGCACAAAACAUGCAAGUGAAUGAAAGUUUCUGCGAUCCUUCAACCAGACCUCUUGCAAUCAGAAAGUGCAGAAACCCUCCCUGCAAGUAUAUUGUGGUAACGGGAGACUCAUCACAGUGUGCAGGUAACUGUGGAUUUAGUUACGGACAAAGGAUUACAUAUUGCAUUGAGAUCCGAUCUACUGAGAAAUAUAAGCUUCAUGAACUGUGGCCUACAGACUAUCAAGAAUGCCCGGUGCUGCCUUCCCCUCAGGUUUACAAAUGCAAUUUUAGAACCUGUUUGCAUAUGGCCACUUGGAAAGUUGGAAAAUGGAGCAAGUGCUCUGUGACUUGUGGAGUUGGGAUAAUGGAGAGAAGAGUGGAAUGCAUAGCUGACAAUGGUUGGUCCAGUGACUUAUGUUUAAAGAGUUUAAAACCAGAUGCUCAAAAGAAAUGUUAUGUCCAUGACUGUAAAACGUUUACCAGCUGUAAAGAAAUCCAAGUGAAAAACAACAUUACCAAGGAUGGUGACUAUUACCUUAACAUUAAAGGAAGAAUAAUAAAGAUCUAUUGUGCUGGCAUGCACUUGCAGAACCCCAAGGAAUAUAUAUCAUUGGUCAAAGGUGAAGAAGACAACUUUUCUGAAGUGUAUGGCUUUAGACUGCAAAAUCCAUAUGAGUGUCCUUUUAAUGGAAGCAGGAGGCAAGACUGUGAGUGUAAAAAUGACUGCUUGGCUGCUGGACACACUGUUUUCAGCAAAAUAAGAAUUGAUCUUAAUUCCAUGCAAAUUAAAACUACAGACCUUCUUUUUGCCCAGACAGUAUUUGGAAACGCAGUUCCAUUUGCCACAGCUGGAGAUUGCUAUAGUGCUGCCAGAUGCCCACAGGGACAAUUCAGCAUUAAUUUGGCUGGAACUGGGAUGAAGAUAUCCAGUACAGCAAAGUGGCUUGCUCAGGGCAGUUAUGCCUCUGUCAUCAUUCACAGAUCACAAAUAUCUGAACAUGAAAUCAAAUGCCAGAGCACAUAGAUUGAAGUAGCUCAAGUUUGGGGUUGAUGGCUUGAAAUGCAGGUACUUCAAAAAGAGGUAGUGCUUUUAGCUAUACUCUAAUUAUUAAAGGUUUGUAGGUUUUAAUAUUUCAAAGUGAGAGGUAACUUUUUGGUUUAUUUACCUCACUACUUUGAUUUAGUGAUGGAGCUGAGGUUGGAGCCAUUUGUCAUUUAACAAAUAUCCUUUAUAGGUUCUUCAAGAAUUAGGAAUAUUUUUUAUGGUUGUAUGCAUAUUUUCCUCUGUCUACCUUUAUCUAGAGAACAUUGGUAUUUGUUUUUUCCCUAUAGCACAUGUAUUAUCUAAAGUAGAAUCCAUUUAAUUUUGAUGCUGCUAUGGUGUACUAGCACAUACUCUUUAUGAGAUGGCUCCUAGACUUGGAGCUACCACGUCUUAAAUAGCAUGAUUCUAUCUAUAGUAAAUCAGUAUCUACAUUAGAAGUAUCCUCACCUAUACUGCACAUAAAUCAGCACCAUCAACAACCCCCUGCCCACUCUAAGGUUUUAUAAUUUUUCUUUUUGAUAAAAGUGACU